AUGGGUUUUCUGAGCAGAGCCUCUAAAACUCUGAAACCACCAAAGAACCUUUCUUUACUCCAAACCCACUUAAACCCUUUAUCUUCUUCUUCUUCUUCUCAUUUACGACGCAACCCAAUUGGCUCUGGCUUCAGAUUCAGCCAAACUUUUUGCUCCCAUUCAAAACAGAACAGCAAAGACGCCGUGGAUUUGAGCCAGUUCCCAACUGAGAGGAUCAGAAACUUCUCCAUCAUCGCCCAUGUCGAUCACGGCAAGUCUACUCUCGCUGAUAGGCUCCUGGAGCUCACUGGGACCAUUAAGAGAGGCCAUGGUCAGCCUCAGUACCUUGACAAGUUGCAGGUGGAGAGAGAAAGGGGGAUUACUGUAAAGGCGCAGACAGCUACCAUGUUCCACAAGCACAAUUUUCAUGGUGGGGAUAAGGUUGGAGGCAGUGGAGAACCGAGUUUUCUACUGAAUCUGAUUGACACGCCGGGACAUGUGGACUUUAGCUAUGAGGUAUCGAGAUCACUGGCCGCUUGCCAAGGUGCGCUUUUGGUUGUUGAUGCAGCUCAGGGUGUUCAAGCGCAAACUGUGGCAAACUUUUAUCUUGCGUUCGAGUCUAACUUGGCGAUAAUACCUGUCAUCAACAAGAUUGACCAGCCGACUGCUGAUCCUGAACGUGUCAAAGCUCAACUUAAAUCAAUGUUUGAUCUGGACGCAAGUGAUGCUCUUUUAACAUCUGCGAAAACAGGACAGGGUCUUGAGCAUGUCCUUCCCGCAGUCAUAGAACGCAUACCACCUCCUCCUGGGAAGAGUGAUUUGCCUUUGCGGAUGCUUUUGUUGGAUUCAUACUAUGAUGAAUAUAAAGGAGUUAUAUGCCAUGUUGCUGUAGUUGAUGGGAUGCUGCGCAAGGGGGACAAAAUUGCAUCUGCCGCAACUGGCCAAGCUUAUGACAUUUUGGAUGUUGGAAUCAUGCACCCAGAGCUUACUUCCACAGGAGUCCUUCAUACUGGACAAGUUGGGUAUGUUGUGAGUGGCAUGCGUUCGACCAAAGAGGCACGUAUUGGGGACACACUUCAUCAUAAUAAAACCAUCGUCCAGCCCCUGUCAGGGUUCAAGCCUGCAAAACAUAUGGUGUUUUCUGGUCUUUACCCUGCUGAUGGAUCUGAUUUUGAGGCACUUAACCAUGCAAUCGAGAGACUGACCUGCAACGAUGCUAGUGUCUCUGUUACUAGAGAGAGUAGCACGGCACUAGGUCUGGGUUUUAGGUGUGGUUUCUUAGGUUUACUUCACAUGGAUGUUUUUCACCAGCGACUUGAACAGGAACAUGGAGCUCAUGUAAUUUCUACCAUUCCAACUGUUCCCUAUAUUUAUGAGUAUUCUGAUGGGAGCAAAGUAGAAGUUCAGAAUCCUGCCGCGUUGGUUGCAAACUCCAAGAAACAAGUAACAGCCUGUUGGGAACCUACAGUUCUAGCUACUAUCAUUAUUCCUAGUGAGUAUGUGGGGGCUGUAAUCACCCUCUGCUCUGAGCGGAGAGGUCAGCAGUUGGAGUAUACUUUCAUAGACAGUCAACGAGCCUUCAUGAAGUACCGCUUGCCUUUGAGGGAGAUUGUUGUCGACUUUUACAAUGAAUUGAAGAGUAUUACAUCAGGAUAUGCAACAUUUGAUUAUGAGGACUCAGAAUAUCAGCAAUCUGAUAUGGUCAAACUUGAUAUCCUUCUGAAUGGACAACCAGUCGAUGCUAUGGCAACUAUUGUUCAUAAUUUGAAGGCGCAACGUAUUGGUCGUGAACUGGUGGAGAAGCUGAAGAAAUAUAUAGACAGGCAAAUGUUUGAGAUAACUAUACAAGCUGCAAUUGGAACAAAGGUUGUUGCAAGGGAGACGAUUUCUGCUAUGAGAAAAAAUGUUCUUGCCAAGUGUUAUGGUGGUGAUGUUUCUCGAAAGAGGAAGCUAUUAGACAAGCAAAAGGAAGGGAAGAAGCGAAUGAAGCGUGUUGGUUCUAUAGAUAUACCUCAGGAGGCAUUUCACGAACUACUAAAGAGUUCAUAGGAAACAAUCUGAAUAGCCGAUGGCCUAUAGUUUAUGUGGCUUAUUGUUGGAGCCAACCUUCAGGGUUUUACAGAAAAAGAUUACUUUGGCUUGCCUUCACGGUGAGGAAGAUAACGAGGUAGAGGAAGCUGUUGGAAUAUCAAAAUUAAAUAAUGUGGUGCAUUGGCUUCAAAGAGGCCAUCUUAUGAGUUAUCAAAGUUUUGGAGUGGAGGAAGACCGAUUUUUUUAUCAAUACUGGUAGUUUCUUCCUUCUUACAGAUCGCGCUGCGGUUGUAAUAUAUUGAUUUAUAGAUCCUGGUCAAAUAAUGUCUCUGGUUAGUUGAUAGAGUAAACUGUCUAAGUUGCAACUUUGUCUUCUGAAUGCCCAUCAGAGCUUAUUUAUUUUUUCUGAACAGUCAUACUUUGUAUCUAGCAGCCAGUUGGUAGUGUGCUGCAAUAUUAUUGAUUGACAAUCAUAUUUUCAGAACAGGGUGAGCCUGUGAAUAAA